ACGAGACGCUCCCUUGUAAUAUUUAGACAGACAAAAAAACUCUCUCUGCUACAACUCUGCAAUCUCCUUACAUGGCAGCAACGGUCAUUUUCUUCCUCCACCUCGCUGCCGUCCUCUCCGCCGCCGUCUCCGGCGACCCACGACGGAGCUCCGUUACCGAGGUGCAAGCCCUCACCUCAUUCAAGCUCGGCCUCCGAGACCCUCUUGGCGCCCUCGACGGCUGGGACCCAUCGUCUCCGGCGGCUCCCUGCGACUGGCGCGGUGUCCUGUGCUUCUCCUCCGGCCGAGUCCGCGAGCUCCGUCUUCCUCGGCUCCGUCUCCGCGGCCGACUCAGUCCGCGUCUCGCCGAGUUGACUCAGCUCCGCAAACUCAGCCUCCACUCGAACGAGAUCGACGGCCCUGUCCCGUCUUCACUCUCCCGCUGCGCCUUCCUACGCGCCGUCUAUCUCCACUACAAUAACCUCUCCGAAGAGUUUCCGCCGGAGAUUCUAAGUCUGAAGAAUCUUCAGGUGUUCAACGUCGCUCACAACUCACUCUCCGGGAAUAUCUCCGGCGUCACCAUCUCAAAGGACCUCCGAUAUCUCGAUUUGUCGUCCAAUGGCUUCUCCGGUGAGAUUCCAGCGAACUUCUCGGAGAACUCAUCUCUCCAGCUCAUCAACCUCUCGUACAACAAGUUCUCCGGCGAGAUUCCGGUGAAAUUUGGCCAGCUACAGGAGCUCAAGUACCUAUGGUUGGAUUCGAACCAGUUAUACGGUACUAUACCAUCGGCUCUGUCCAACUGCACGUCGCUCGUUCAUUUAAGCGCCGCCGACAACUCCCUCGCCGGUUUGAUUCCUACAACUCUCGGCACGAUUCCGGAGCUCCAGAUCGUUUCCUUGCCGGGAAACAAACUCACCGGCGCGAUUCCCGCCAGUCUUCUCUGCGGUCACAACUCGUCCGUACGAAUCGUCCAAUUGGGAGUUAAUAACUUCACGCGCAUGGCGACGCCGCCAAACGCAGGGUGCGUGAACCUUAAUUUGGAGGUUUUGGACCUUCACGAGAACGCCAUUAAUGGCGAAUUUCCCACGUGGAUGACUCAUUUGACCUCGGUCGCGGUUCUCGAUCUCUCCGAUAACUUAUUUUCCGGCGAACUGCCACGGGAAAUCGGGAACCUCGCCGCACUCGAGGAGCUGAGGGCGGCGAACAAUUCUCUCUCCGGCGAAAUCCCGACGGACAUGGCGAAAUGCGGGUCGUUGCGGGUUGUGGAUCUCGAAGGAAACGGGUUCUCGGGUCAGGUUCCGGGUUUUCUGGGUCAGAUACAGAGCUUGAAGACUAUCUCUCUCGGACGAAACGGGUUCUCGGGUCGGAUCCCGUCGGGUUUUCUCAGCUUGUACGGACUCGAGACUUUAAAUCUCAGCGAAAACGACCUCGUCGGAGCUCUGCCGCCGGGGAUGACCAGGUUAGCGAAUCUCACCGUCCUCAACCUCAGCUUCAACAGAUUCUCCGGCGAGAUUCCAGCGAAUUUGGGUGAAAUGAAGAGUUUGACGGUUUUGAACCUGAGCGCAUGCGGGUUAACGGGUCGGGUCCCGAUGAGCCUCGGAGUCUUGAUGAGUCUCCGGGUUCUCGACCUGAGCCGACAGAGAAUCUCCGGACAGUUACCGAUCGAGCUCUUCGGGUUGCCGGGUCUUCAAGUGGUUUCUCUCGGCGACAACAUGUUGGACGGAGUUGUCCCUGAAGGUUUCAGCAGCUUGGUCAGUCUUCAGUACUUGAAUCUCAGUUCCAAUUCAUUCUCCGGGAAAAUUCCGGCGAACUAUGGAUACCUCAGAUCAUUGCAAGCUUUGUCAUUGUCCCAUAAUCGAAUCUCGGGUUCUGUCCCGUCGGAGAUCGGGAAUUGCUCCAGCCUCGAGGUUCUUGAGCUCGGUACAAACAGGUUAACAGGUCACAUUCCGGUUUCUGUAUCCGAAUUGUCUCGUCUGAAGAAUCUGGAUUUGAGUCACAACAAUAUAACAGGAAACAUUCCGGAGGAGAUCUCGAAAGAUUCGUCUCUCGAGUCUCUUAGGCUGAAUUGGAACUCUCUAUCGGGUCGAAUACCCGAUUCCUUAUCCAGAUUGGCGAACUUAUCGGUGCUAGACCUUUCGUCGAACGAAUUGAACUCCACUAUUCCAGCUAGUCUUUCGCGGCUUCGCUCUCUGAAGUACCUGAACUUGUCGGGAAACAAUCUCGAAGGCGAGAUCCCGCAAGCUCUGAGCACACGUUUCGGCGAUCCAAGCGUCUUUGCCGAUAAUAAGGAACUCUGCGGGAAACUGCUCGGGAAAGAAUGCGAAAGUGUGAGGCGAAGAAGAAGGAAAAAGCUUAUUCUACUGUUAACGUUGGCAGCAGCUGGAGCCUUGCUACUAGCACUGUGUUGUUGCGGGUACGUAUACAGUCUAUGGCGGUGGCGGAACAAAAUAAGGUCGGGAUUGACUCGAGAGAAGAAGCGGAGUCCAUCUCGCACGUCCCGAACCAGUUCAGGUGGGACAAGAGGAGAUGACAACAACGGCAAUGGACCGAAAUUAGUCAUGUUCAACAACAAGAUCACAUUGGCCGAAACAUUAGAAGCGACGAGGCAAUUCGACGAGGAAAACGUCUUGAGCAGGGGAAGAUUUGGGUUAGUGUUCAAAGCCACGUUCAAGGACGGGAUGGUUCUAUCUGUUCGCAAACUCACCGAUGGAUCAACAAUACCCGACGGAACAUUCCGUCGGGAAGCCGAGGCUUUAGGCAAAGUGAAGCACAAGAACGUGACUGUUCUUAGAGGAUACUACUUUGGCCCGCCCGAUCUGAGACUGCUUGUUUACGAUUACAUGCCGAAUGGAAAUCUCUCGACCCUUUUGCAGGAAGCCUCACACCAAGACGGGCACGUAUUGAACUGGCCGAUGCGGCACCUCAUCGCUCUCGGGAUCGCCCGAGGGCUCGCAUUCCUUCAUUCCUUAUUGAUCGUUCACGGAGACCUGAAGCCUCAAAACGUCCUUUUCGAUGCGGAUUUCGAGGCACAUUUGUCGGAAUUUGGGUUAGACAAGCUAAUGGUGUUGACGCCAGCCGAAGAACCCUCAACAUCUUCAACACCCGUUGGAUCAUUAGGGUACAUUGCCCCGGAAGCCGCUCUCACGGGAAGAACGAGCAAAGAGAGCGAUGUAUACAGUUUCGGGAUCGUAUUGCUAGAGAUCUUAACCGGGAAAAACCCGGUAAUGUUCACGGAAGAUGAAGAUAUAGUGAAAUGGGUGAAGAGGCAGUUGCAGAAGGGGCAGAUCAAUGAGUUGCUUGAUCCGGGACUGUUGGAGCUUGAUCCGGAGAGUUCCGAGUGGGAAGAGUUCUUGCUGGGUAUCAAAGUUGGACUGUUGUGUACGGCCGGUGACGUGGCAGAUCGGCCGUCGAUGUCGGACGUCGUGUUCAUGCUCGAAGGUUGUCGCGUCGGGCCGGCGGUUUCCUUGUCCGCCGCCAAUUCUCCGGCGGCGGCUGAAGCUUCUUGAUAUUUUUGUUUUUUGGUUAUGUUAUUUGUGUAAUAUUUGUAUUUUUGGUUUUUUAUCUUCGCUUAUUUUUUUUUUUAAUUUGAUGUGGCAAAUUCCUUUUUUAGAGAAACUUUUAUUGAAUUGUGUAGAUGUAAUAUUCUACUGUGAAAAAUGUUUG